ACACAGACACACAAACAAACACACAACCACACACACACAAACGCAUGCACGCAUGAAUGUACCAACGCACAGAUGCACACACUCACUCACACACGCGCGAUCCACGCGCGUAUGAUGAACACCCUCAGGAGGAGGAACUAAAAAAUUUGCCAUUUACUUAACAUCACUUCGCCAUCACAGCGUAAGCAAACGCUCCUCCGAAGGUGCAAUGAGAAGGGAUCGCUCUUAUUUGAAGAGCUGCGAGGUCGAGGACGAUUAGAAAACAGAGCGCGCGGGACACCACUUCAGCUGAUAAGAAAGUAGCUCGCUCUGCGAGUCGCGCCUCCGGUAGCUUUAUUCGCUACAUUAAGCUACAUUAAGCAACAUCUGCAGGGACACUACCGAGGGCGACGGAGCUACGCGUUGGCAUGUGAAGACAAUUCCUACGAAGACAAGCGGAUUUUCGCUUUCAACUUCGAGCAAAUAAUGGAGAGCUGAUGCUCCCAGGCAAACCUGACUAACAGCCCGGAGCCAGGAGACAAAGCCUCCCUCUGUAAACCCAGGCUGUCUACAUUGUUAUCCGUGACCUAAUCCUGUCCACUGAAGUGAAGUUGACCACAGAGGUGUCAUGGCGGCAUAUGGACAGACUCAAUACAGCCCUGCACUCCAGGCUGCUGGACCGUACGCUCCGUACACACACCACACGCAGGCCUACAGCAUGCCCUCCUACAACAUAAAGACAGAGGAUGGUCUGAGCCACUCUCCCGGCCAGACUGGACUGCUGGGGUACUCCAACUUCAACAGCACGCCUCCCAGCCAAGCUCUCUACAGCUACUCUGCACACGGUGGCAGCAUAUCAUCUGGAAUCUUCCAAGGCACCAAUGCAAUCCCGGGUUCGUCCCCGUUCAACCCCACCCAGCAAGACUUCUCUGCGUACUCCAGCUACAGUCAGAGUCAGUACUCUCCGUACUACAACUCUCACCACUACAACAGCCCCUACCUUACCAGUAGCAACAUCAGCCCCGCCGCCAUCACGUCUCCAUUAGCCUAUCAGCAUCCAGAACUCGCCAUGCUGCCCAAUCACAGCCCAGAGUCACAAGGAGAGUACCAGCCACCGCCAAGCCCCUCCACGCCAGGGAAGGAGGAGACGGUCCAGACCAGAAGAGGCUCCGAUGGGAAGCAGGGGAGGAAGAGGGUCACUGAUCCAGCUCCGCCGCUGGAUUCUGACAUAGAAGUACAUACACACACACACGCACACGCACGCACAUGCACACGAGCAUGCACUCACACACACACUCACACACACACACCAAUACACGCACGCACACUGACAAGCAUGGUUCUAGUGAAGGCAACUAUGAGUGUGUCGUCCGGCUCCCUCAUCCGAGAGUCGCGUUGGCGCGGCCAUGCCGCUGCGUCUCACAUACACGUUCACUACAAACGCCACUGCCGCCAACCCACCCUCCCACACACCUGGCCCCCCUUCGGCCCCGCCUCGCCUCCUCCACCCAACGCCCGCUCGUCUACCUCCGUCCCCCCCGUCGCCGUCCCCCGCGGUUCCUUCAUGGAGCUUAGGACGCUGUGGAGGGAAUGCGACCAGGUCCACAUCGACGACGUGGCGUCGGACGACAACGGCCAGGACCUCAGCACGUAUAACUUCGGGACGGACGGGUUCCAGACCCCCGCGGGGGCCGGCUCCCUCUGCCUGGGCUCGGGGGUCCACGGUGGGGUGGACUGGAUGAGGAAGCUGGCCUUCCGCUACCGCAGAGUAAAGGAGAUCUACAGCACGUACAAAAACAACGUGGGAGGUCUGCUGGGCAGCCCUAAGAGAGAGGAGUGGCUCCAGCUGAGGAGGGAGAUGGAGGUCCUGACCGACCUCUGGCUGACCCAGGCGCUCAAGGCCCUGGCUCUCAUCAACUCCAGGCCUAACUGUGUCAACGUGCUGGUGACCACCACCCAGCUGAUCCCUGCCCUGUCCAAGGUGCUGCUGUACGGCCUGGGCUCCGCGUUCCCCAUAGAGAACAUAUACAGUGCCACCAAGACAGGGAAGGAGAGCUGUUUCGAGCGCGUCUCACAGAGGUUCGGACGGAGAGCGGUCUACGUUGUCGUGGGCGACGGAGUGGAAGAGGAGACGGUGGCCAAGAAGAAGACGAUGCCUUUCUGGAGGGUGUCGUGUCGAGCUGACCUGGAGGCGCUCAGCCAUGCACUGGAGCUGGACUACCUCUAGGGGGCGGCAGCCACCAAACACCACCACCACUCUGCUUCGAACACGUUGGCUCUGGGAGAGCGAAAGACUCAGGCGACUGAGUGAAAUGGAUCCAAGACACUGAUGAAAGCAGCUUCGUUUCUUUUUGUUUUUUUUUAUCCCCCGGUGGUCUUCAUAAUGACUUGGAGCGGACAACCGAAACAGGAAGCAGCCUCACCUCUUUUGACUCAAGCCAAGAGGACAUGUGGGGAGCUCUGUUUUUAAAGACAUUUUUCGAGGUUUUGUUUUGAAAUAAGGGACCAAAGUUACACAUCUAACCACAGGGAACGCUGUUUAUUACUGGAAAAACGUUUUUGCUCGGUCAUUUAUGUUUAUUUUAUCAUUGUUUUGACAAAGGAUUAAGGAGUGGCGCCCCACUUUCGGUGUAAACUAAAGGGUGUUGCACUGAAAGGAAAAUGGUCAACAUGACACGGAAUCUAACGUUCCUUCCAGUAGGAAUCUCAAGUCGUCUCUUGGGAAUGGGGAGAGAAUCUAAUGAUUUCCAGUAAACAAGCCAACUUCAUAGAGUAGAAGAAAAGGUUUAACACCAUAACAUUAUUUUUAACUGAUAUCCCACCUUCACUAUAUUUUAGAAUCACUUUAACUUUGAAUAGGCUAGAUACAUUACAUUUACCUAUAUAGUUAGAGCCUUUAAAAAUAGAUCAUAUGUUACAUUUAAAAUGUAAGUUAUUUAUUAAUUAGUGAAAUCCCGUAGUGACUAAGGAGUGAUUUUGGAAACAAAAUAUCAACGGAGAGGAAAAAAGGCCCAAUUUCUAAAAACAAUAUAUUGAAGAUGCUGUAUGAUAGGCUUUUGGUUUGAAUGAUUACUUGUGAUAAGGGGUUGUAUAUUUUGAUCAUGUUUUAACUUAGCCCAUAAUCUCUGGUAUGGUUGUCUAUGGGCCAUUUUACACUCCUACUGUCAGUUGGCUACUGUUUGUAUAUAAUGCUUUAUUGUUACAUGUGUUUUUCUUGAACAGUUAUAAUAGAUUAAUAAAUAUAAAUUAAAUGCAUUCUGGGAAAAGUG